AUGUCUACUGACAAGAUCACCUUCCUGACCAACUGGCACGCGACCCCGUACCACGCCCCCCUUUACCUCGCCCAGAGCAAGGGCUACUUUAAGGAAGAGGGCCUCAAGGUUGCUCUCCUCGAGCCCAAUGACCCCUCCGAUGUCACCGAGAUCAUCGGCAGCGGCAAGGUUGACAUGGGCUUCAAGGCUAUGAUUCAUACCCUUGCUGCCAAGGCCCGCAACUUCCCCGUCACCUCGAUCGGCUCUCUCCUCGACGAGCCCUUCACUGGUGUUGUCUACCUCAAGGACAGCGGAAUCACCGAAGACUUCCGCUCCCUGAAGGGCAAGAAGAUCGGCUACGUCGGCGAGUUUGGCAAGAUCCAAAUCGACGAACUCACCAAAUACUACGGCAUGACCGCCGAUGACUACACCGCCGUCCGGUGCGGCAUGAACGUAACCAAAGCCAUCAUUCGCGGCGACAUCGACGCAGGCAUCGGCCUCGAGAACGUCCAGAUGGUCGAGCUUGCCGAAUGGCUCGCCGAGCAGGGCCGACCCCGUGACGACGUGCAAAUGCUGCGCAUCGACCAGCUCGCCGAGCUUGGAUGCUGCUGCUUCUGCUCGAUCCUGUACAUUGCCAACGACGCCUUCCUGGCCGCCAACCCAGAGAAAGUGCAGAAGUUCAUGCGGGCCGUCAAGCGCGCUACAGACUACGUUUUGGCUGAACCCGCCCGCGCUUUCGAGGAGUACGUGGACAUGAAGCCGAUCAUGGGCACUCCGGUUAACCGGAAGAUCUUUGAGCGGUCGUUUGCCUACUUCAGCCGUGACUUGAAGAACGUUAGUCGUGACUGGGCUAAGGUGACCAACUAUGGAAAGCGGUUGGGCAUCUUGAGUUCCGACUUCGUGGCUAACUAUACCAAUGACUACUUGUCUUGGGGACUGGAUGCUGAUUCCACUGAUCCCCUUGGUGAUCAGAAGCGUAUGGCCGAGUUGCAGAAGAAGGUCGCUGCUGAGGGUGGUUAUAAGCGGUUGGAGGUUGCUUCUGAGGCUUGA